AUGUCAGAUAGGGUGGUGAGCACUGGGGAGGGAUCUGCCGAGACCCGUUCGGGUUUCAAAGACAAGGGUGGGAGUCUGAUUCCGCCGCCGAGGAAGAAGGUGACGAAGAUGAUUGGUGAUCGCUUUGUCCAUUCUGUUGGUUCUGCUAUCAGCAAUUUGAAGGACCAGAAAAAGAUCAGGCCUG